AUGGCCGCCUCCUGGAUUGAAAACAUCCCUAUAGAAAUGGUCGACAAAGAAGAAACGAACCUCGCCUUCCAACUUCAGUCUCGCAUGGAGUUCUGGAACACCUGGGCCUCUCGAGUCUGCAAUGGCGACCCCACCCUCAACUGCGGCGAGGAGGCCUGCCACGCUUCGUGCGACGCUCUUCUCGACCAUCCUUCUUGCGUCCACUGCUUCCAGACCCCACGCGGUAUCACAGGAAACUGUAUGCUGCAGGAAGAGCUCAUCGCGCACUUCCUCGAAACCGAUUGUGAAACCCCGGUCGAGGAGAUCCAACCGUUCCUUCAAGAGUACAAGGUCUUGAAGGCCCGACUGCUCGGUAAUGAAUCAAUGUCGCGAUCUGGGGCUGGCGUUGAUGGCCAUAUGUUUAUUGAAACCACCUCCAUCCUCGCCAAACCAAAACUCGUCAAGGACACCGUCAAGAAGCUCCAAGACCAUUUGGAGUACCUUAGGAAGGAGAACGCCCGAGCCACAGCCGCCGCCGUGCGCAUGCGCCAAACCUGGGUGACUUUGUCUCGCCUCAUUGGAGACACCCUCGUAGUGUUGCAAGACCCUGCUAUAUCCCCCAGCGUUGCCCAAACCAGGGCGUUGGCAACGCUUACACGCUCUCGCACCCACGAUCUCCUCUUCCGCGCAGCUCAACUGCCUCCCGUCCCUCUGCUCGGAAUCGAUGACCAGUGA